AUGUCGCAACGAGAUGUUCAGCAUUUACUCUCACUCUAUAUCGAUCAUCACUUGGAAAGACUGCAGAAAAACGAUCCUUUACUAAUUAAUUUAUUUAAAUUAUUUAAAAAUUCGAAAAUUUGUGAUGAUGAUGAUUUCAAUCAUUCCGAGAGUGUUCUUGUUGAUUCCGAAUGGAUUAUUGGGCAGCUGGAAAGGCUUGUUGAAGAAUAUGGAUCAUGUGAGUUUUGUUCUAAUGAGGGUUUUCCACAAAGUUGGCUCUGGAAAGUUUUAUGUAUGAAUGAGAAAGUUGACUAUAACAAUGAGCGAGUGAUUAGAGAUGAAGAAAGAGAAAGAAAGGAUUCGGAUUUGGCCAAGAUGGGAGAAUGGCUAUUGAAGAAUUAUAAAGCAAAUGCAAAUGAAAUAUAUACAAGGGACUCUUGGGAAGCUUAUCACAUUCUCUAUGUUUGUGCAAAAAGUGGAAGUUUGGAUAAAGUUAGAGUAUUGUUGAAGUAUGGAGCGGAUGUGAAUCACUUCUCCAAGUUGAGAUACUAUCACGAAAAACCUAUUUCUAUUGCUUUCAGAAAUGAAUUUUUGAAUGUUGCGAAAGAAUUGUGUGGUGGAGGAUAUCAUGAAUUGUUUGAGAUUAAUUGGUACGAAUUAAUGGAUGGAUUUGAAUAUAAUUGUAUGGAAGUUGUUGACAGGGAAAAGAGUAUUGAAGCCUACCUGGAUUUCUUUUCUGUAGAAUAUGUAAAAAGUGAAAAUCAAAUCAUACCGGAAGUAAUUCAAGCUUUAGACAAUUUUGUUAAUGAAUAUCAAGAUGAGCAGGGAAAUAUCAUUGAAGAGUUCAAUGGUAAAUGUAAUAAUUUGAGGAAGAACUCAUUAAUGGAAAAAUUGAAAAAUCAACGCAAUAGAUUGACCGAUUUGGUAAUAAUUUGUGAAGAAUAUUGA